AUGUCUGGAAACGAAGGAACAUCUCAUGUGUUGGAUGUCGGAUCAUCUGAAAAUACUAUGACUUUUGAUGGGAGUUUCAUAAAGUUCGAGGCUUCAAAUUCUGACACUGAAACUAUGACAGAUAUACAAAAUUACUUGGAUUCAUUUAAUAAAGAAAUUAAUGGAAAUGAAGUAACACAAAUUGAUGGGAACUCAGUAGAUCCUGCAUUUCUCAUGAAUCAAAAUGACCCAUAUUAUUAUGAAGCAACUAAAAAAGAUGGCCAGAUAGUUAUGGUUGGAGGACUUGAAGGACUUGAUUUAGAAAUUAUGGCUUGCACAAAUCAAAACAAUCUAACCAAAACUGCUCUGCCUUAUGCACAAGAUAAAAUUGAAAAAGAUAUCCCUCAAAUUGUUGCUUUAGAAGAUGGUGGAUAUCAAACAGUCACUCUCGUUCAAGCUGACACUGACCCACACAAUUAUGUUGUCUAUGUAGUCAAUCAAAAUGAUAGCAAUUAUGAAAAAUCCAACAACUGUAAGGAGAUUUCUAAAGAAGACCAUGAUUCCGAUGUUAUAAAUGUGUAUAACUGUAUUGAUAGGGAAGAUAAUAAUCUACCAAAAAAACAAGAAAUACAAAAAGAAGAUGACGAAACUAAAAUACUUAAAUUAGUUCCUAAAAAGUCACAAACUACUCAAGUACAUGCAUGUAAUUAUUGUACUUACUCUACUGGGAAAAGGUAUUUAUUGUCUCGACAUAUGAAAUCUCAUACUAAAGAACGUCCAUAUAUAUGUACUAUUUGUGAUCGUGGUUUCAAAACUUUAACUUCUUUGCAAAAUCAUGUUAAUACUCAUACUGGAACAAAACCAUAUAAUUGUCGAAGUUGUCCAAGUAAUUUUACUACAUCAGGAGAACUUGUUAGACAUGUUCGGUAUAAGCAUACUCAUGAAAAACCACAUAAAUGUACAGUAUGUGAUUAUGCUAGUGUAGAACUGAGCAAAAUGAGAAAUCACAUGAGAUGUCAUACUGGUGAAAGACCAUACCAAUGUCCCCAUUGUACUUAUGCAAGUCCAGAUACAUUUAAAUUGAAGCGCCAUUUGCGUAUACACACUGGUGAGAAACCAUAUGAGUGUGAUAUUUGCUCUACUAAGUUUACCCAAUCCAACAGUUUAAAAACACACAGACAAAUACAUAGUGGUGAAAAGCCUGUAUUUAAAUGUGACCUUUGUCCAGCCACUUGUGGUCGAAAAACUGAUUUACGUAUUCAUGUACAAAAGCUUCAUACUUCCGACAAACCUAUUAAGUGCAAUCGAUGCGGUGAAUCAUUACCUGAUCGUUACCAGUAUAAAGUCCACUGUCUUUCACACAAAGGGGAAAAAUGUUUUAAAUGUGAAUUGUGUUCUUAUGCUUCCACAUUUCAGCGUCAACUUGAAACUCAUAUGUUAACACAUACAGAUGAAAAACCAUUCCAAUGUGAUCAAUGUGAUCGGUCAUUCAGACAACAACAACUACUACGCCGCCAUCAUAAUUUGCGCCAUAAUCCAGGAUAUAUACGACCUCCUCCACAAGAUAAACCUUAUAGCUGUAAUACAUGCAAAGUAUCAUUUAAACAUAAAGGAAAUUUACUAAGACAUAUGGAAAUUCAUUCAACUAAAAAUUAUCGAAAGACUGCAUUAAAAAAAAAACUAGAAUAUACAGAUUCGGCUGAUGAGGAUGAAUCUGAGGGCGACACAAAUAUUCCAUUAAGUGGAACUGGAGCUAUAACAAUACAAGGUGAAGAUGGACAGCAAUAUGUUCUACUUGAAAUGAUUCAACUUGGUGAUCAAGAUCAGAUAGAUAAAGCAUCUAAAAAUGUAUCAACAAAACAAGUUGACAAAUCUUAUCCACUAUCUUUGUUAGAUGUGAAAGAAGAAUGUGAUGAUGACAUUGAAAAUUGUUUCGGUUUUAAAGACGAAGAUGAUCGUUAA